GUCUAAAGUCAAUCUAAGUGAGAACCCUGCAACUUUCCAACAUCAUAUACGUGUCUCGUAGCAAAGAUGCUAUUCUCCUCCUCCCUUAAAUGUAUAAUCACAGAGCUAAGAGAAAAAGAGAGGAAUUUAGACAACUGGGAAAGCAUUUAAUAAUUUCUUUAUUCCUUUUUUUAAAUCCUUGUAAGCCCUGCACAGUACAUUUUGUUAGCUAUGAGAGAUUGAUUUGGUGAGCUGUGCGUACUUCCCAAAUUCUUUUUUAUUAAUUUUUUUUUUAAUUAAUCAACUUCCAAUCGCAUUGUUUCCCUGAUAAAUCCCAGUUGCUUUCUCUGUUUUCUUCUCUCUGUUUCUCCAUUCUUUUGAAGGAGAAAUGUGGGAUGAUUUGUUUCGGAAAUCAUGAGCUCGGCCGGUUUCAGUCUCCAUUCUUGGUGGAGAUCGCUGGAAAUUGUUCUUCUUUUUCUUUCUGUUCAGUCUUUUGGCCUCAACACUGAUGGUAUUCUCUUGCUGUCCUUCAAGUUUGCCAUUAUCAGUGACCCUCUGCGCCUGCUAGACGGCUGGAAUUUCCACGACGAGACGCCAUGUUCGUGGAAUGGAGUCAGCUGUGAAGCUCCGGAGUCCGGCGAUGGCUAUUUCCGCGUCGCGCGAUUAUCGCUUCCCAACGCUCAGCUUCUGGGUUCACUUCCGGCUGAUCUGGGUAUGAUCGAGCAUCUUCAGCACCUCGAUCUAUCCAACAAUUCUCUUAAUGGCUCUCUUCCGGUUUCGCUUUUCAACGCCUCGGAGCUUCGGUAUCUUGACUUGUCGAACAAUUUGAUCUCCGGCGAUAUUCCAGCGACUGUGGAUCGGUUACGAAGUCUCCAGUUGCUUAACCUUUCUGAUAAUGCCUUGGCGGGAAACUUACCCGCCGGUUUAACAACUCUUAGCAAUCUAACUGUUGUUUCGUUGAAGAACAAUUACUUCUCUGGUAAUCUUCCUGGUGGAUUUCGAGCUGUGCAGGAUUUAGAUCUGUCUUCCAAUUUGAUCAAUGGGUCUCUGCCGUCUGACUUCGGAGGCGACGGUAUCCGUUACUUCAACAUCUCCUACAACCGGCUUUCAGGCGAGAUUAAAGCAGAAUUCGCGGAGAAAAUUCCAGGUAACGCCACAAUCGAUCUCUCCUUCAAUAAUCUAACAGGAGAAAUACCGGAGUCUUCCGUCUUCAUGAACCAGAAAACAGAGUUGUUUUCUGGAAAUCCUGAUCUCUGUGGUGAACCAACGAAGAAGCCAUGUCCAAUCCCUUCUCCCUCAUCUUCUUCUCCCAAUGACUCGGCUCCCACUUGUCCUCCUGCAAUUGCUGUUUUCCCGAACACUAUAGAUUCAACCCCAGAAAAUACACCGCCUGGUUCACCGCACGAACAGGGACAAAGUGGGCUCAGACCAGCGGCCAUUAUAGGAAUCGUGAUCGGAGAUAUUGCAGGAAUCGCAAUUCUUGCUACUGUUUUUUUCUACGUAUACCAAGUAAAGAAGAGGAAGAACAUUGAUAGUACACUGAAGAAAGAAGCUAACACAGCGAAGGAAAGCUGGUCAUCAUCAUCUUCGUCGUCGGAAUCAAGAGGAUUCACCAGAUGGUCAUGUUUACGGAAGAGAGGAGACGAAGAACAAGAAUCCGAUACCACAGACUCCGACAUAGAAGAAAAUCAGAGUGGUCAAACGAGUCAAGAAAAUCAACGGCAAAAAGAGCAGAAUCCCGAUAAGAAAGGAACACUGGUGACCGUCGAUGGCGAGAAAGAGCUCGAGCUCGAGAAUCUGCUCAAAGCAUCGGCUUACAUUCUCGGUGCCACUGGGUCGAGUAUAAUGUACAAAGCGGUGCUCGAAGAUGGCACAGCGCUCGCCGUACGAAGGAUAGGCGAGAGCAGUGUGGACAGGUUCAGAGAUUUCGAGACCCAGGUCCGUGUCAUCGCCAAGCUGGUGCACCCCAACCUGGUUCGUAUUCGUGGGUUUUAUUGGGGCGUCGACGAGAAGCUCGUCAUCUACGAUUUUGUUCCCAAUGGCAGCCUCGCUAAUGCUCGUUACAGAAAAGUGGGGUCCUCGCCGUGUCCUCUGCCGUGGGAGGCCAGGCUGAAGAUUGCCAAAGGAGUAGCCCGUGGGCUAGCCUAUCUUCACGAGAAGAAACACGUGCAUGGAAAUUUGAAGCCCAGUAAUAUCCUUUUAGGCCCCGAAAAGGAGCCCCGAAUCGGGGAUUUCGGGCUUGAAAGACUUCUAACAGGCGAAACAAGUUAUAAAGCAGGCGGGUCAGCCCGAAUAUUUGGAAGCAAGAGAUCGACCGCUUCGCGAGACAGCUUUCAAGAUAUCCCAAUAGGGCCGAGUCCAAGUCCGAGUCCAAGCUCGUUGGGCGGCAUAUCGCCGUACCAUGCCCCUGAAUCACUGAGAAGUCUAAAGCCGAACCCGAAAUGGGACGUUUACUCAUUUGGGGUGAUCUUACUUGAGCUGCUGACGGGUAAGGUAGUAGUCGUUGAUGAGUUGGGUCAGGGAAAUGGGGUUGCGGUAGAAGACAAAGCCCGAGCCAUCCGAAUGGCUGAUGUUGCGAUCCGGGCAGAGGUGGAGGGGAAAGAGGAGGCCUUGCUGGCUUGUCUGAAAUUAGGUUUUAGUUGUGCUUGUCCGUUGCCUCAAAAGAGACCGGCCAUGAAAGAAGCUCUGCAAGUGCUGGAGAAAUUCCCAAGUUGUUCGUCAUAUCAGUAUGGUCACUAGUGAAUAAUGAGUAUUGACAAUUGGAGAGCUCGUAGAGAGAUAUAUAUGUAUGUAUGUAUUUAUGAAUAUGAUUCUUGACUGAUGACAAAAAUCACUUAUUUUCUUUUUGCUUUUUGUUAAUGGGGUUGGUUUGUGUGAGAGUGAGCUAAUUUUAGGUUCAGCCAGGCAUCCGUUUUUGGUUCCUUCCUAACUUGGUACUUUAUUUUGAUGUUGUUAGAUUUAGUUUAAGUUAACUAAUUAAGAGUUUAUAUGUUACUUUAACUUAGCUUUUUAAA